AUGGCUCCCAACCAGCGUGUCGUUGCUGCCAGCUCCGGUCGCCCCCAGAAGGGCUUCCUCGGAGCUGCAUAUGAAGAGCUGACCGCGCCCGAGAAUGCCACCAUCGUCAGAAGCCUUCUGGUCUUCGGUGUAAGUGCCUCUUAUCUUAUGGUCCUUUCCGAAAGCUUUCCUGGAAGCAUCACGGCUAAUGCUCCAAAUCCUCAGGCCGGUGUUGCGUUCCUUCACAGCAGCCUCAGCGAGUUCCUCCUCCCUCCGUAA